AAAAAAAAAGAGAAAAUUCCCGCCUCCGCACAAAACGCAUUAUUAGGGAUUCAAAUUUCAAAAGCCCCGACCCCCAACUCCAAACCCUAAACUCCUCUUCGGAAACCCUAUUUCUACAAAAUCCUCGAUCGUCUCCUCCGAAACGCUAAUCGUGCUCUCUCGUUCGUCGCUAAUGGCGGGCCAAUCCGAUCCCCACAUCUCCAUCUUCUCCGCUCCAGAGGUGGAGUUUCUUGCUGAGGAUGAAGUGGUGGAGAUCGUUCCCAACAUCAGGAUGGAAUCUCUCAACAUGAUUUGCGGUGAUUUCGGCCCGUUCUUUCCUCAAAUUCCUAGUAAAGUGCCGCUUUGGCUUGCUGCAGCUCUGAAGAAGCGUGGCAAGUGCACUAUCCGCACGCCAGAAUGGAUGACGGUUGAGAGGUUGACACAGGUGUUGGAAGCAGAAAGAGAGUCACCUCGAGAAUUUCAACCACUGCCAUUCCAUUAUGUUGAAAUUUCAAGGCUUUUAUUUGACCAUGCUCGUGAUGACAUCCCAGAUAUAUACAUGGUGAGAUCCCUGAUUGAGGACAUCAGAGAUGUAAGGUUUCAUAAGGUUGAAACCGGCUUGGAGACGAUAUCUGGUCGUACACAUGCAGUAAAGCUCAAAAAUCUUUCUGCAAUGGAAGUAAACAUAGUGCGCCCUUUCAUGGUAAGAGCUUUGCAGGCUUUCUAUAAGCAUGACAGCCCACAAAUGAUACAACAAGCAGAUACUAUGGGAAGCAAACGGUCACAAGGGGCUGAUCGCGGCCCACGACGAGAUUUAAGGCCCAGAUAAUGUGCAAAAUUUGUACAGCUUCCUGCAAUCACCGAUGAUCUUAGAUUCCAGACAGUGAAAAAAGAUAUACCAGUGGAGGUAACUGUUGUCUGCUUUGCUCCCAUUAAACUAUUUCUGUCCUUUUUGUAACCAUAAGGUUUUUAGUGGGAAGUUUAGUUGUUUUUAAGCUGGCUGCUGCAAAGGAUCAUUAUAGACAUUUAUCUCGUAAAAUAAAGUGGGCAAAUCUUUUAGCUUCAA